AUAUUAUGCCUUAGAAGUCUCAUAUUUCAAAUCCUCUUUGGAUCGCAAAUUACUUGAACUUUUAUGGAAUAAAUACUGGGUGAAUACGCUGAGUUCCUCUAGCUUGCUUACUAAUGCAGACUAUACCACUGGUCAGGUGUUCGAUUUGUCUGAAAAGUUAGAGCAGUCAGAAGCCCAGCUGGGACGAGGGAGUUUCAUGUUGGGUUUAGAAACACAUGACCGAAAGUCAGAAGAUAAACUUGCCAAAGCUACAAGAGACAGCUGUAAAACUACCAUAGAAGCCAUCCAUGGAUUGAUGUCUCAGGUUAUUAAGGAUAAACUGUUUAAUCAAAUUAACAUCUCUUAAAUAAUCACUGAGUAGUACAUUUGCCUGAAAGUUGAUAUGUAAAAAGUACUCAAGUAACACUUUAUAAACCAGUUACCAAAAAAAUCUGAUUAGAAGUAUAAGGUGCUCCGAAGUGUCCUAAAUAUUAACAUCCUAUAAUAAAACUCUAUAAAGUGAAA